CCCGGAAGUUAAACGUCACAACAAAAAAUUGCCGGGAAAUCUCCCUCUGAGGUGAUGCUUAGAAUCGAACAAAACGUUAUGAAGACUCUUUAAAUGUGUCUUCGUGUUUAGAGGGAUUUAUUACGGUUUCUGUGAUUGUGACGAGCUUGUGUCAGAGGCUCAAUGGACGAAUAUGACGAGUUGUUUGAAGUCCAGGACGACUUCGACGAGCAGUUCGCCGACGAACUGGAAGUUUUGGCAGAGUUGGAGGAGGAAUCUUUCAAACCAAAACGUUCUGCUCGGGGCCCAGCAGACGAUAUUUCAGACAUAGAGCACCUGCUGCACGACCAACCCAUCACCCCAAAAGCGAAGAGGCAAAAACAGGAUGCCAGCGUGGCCAAACGACUUUUCAACACAUCACAAACUCAGCAGAGCAAAGCCCCGGCACAUGGAGAUGACAUCACUCCACCAUCCUCUCCAGAGCAGUAUGAGCCCUCUCACACCUUCAGAGCUGCUUCUGCUGUGUUAGAUAUUAGUGGCUUUGCUGCGAUCCCAGAGACUCCCAGUCGACCUGACACAGCAGCCCCAGCAUCUCUGUGUGUCCUGAAACGACCUCCCUUAGAGGGAGAGUUCAUUAGUGUGACCGACUCGUCUGGAAGACGGGUCUACCUCAGACAGAAGGAUGCCAGCACAAGGGUAGCGGAGUCCAGAAUAGUACCCAACUCCUAUGGUUCACUGGGACUGCUAGCUGUGCCUAUUGGUGAGCUGAAAGAACAAGCGGCUGAGAAGCGCCAUCAGCAGGUUGUGGAGGAAUCUGAGCGCCUUACAAAGCUGCUAGCCAGUAGUGUGAACGAUGCGUUUGUUGAGGCUGAGACCAGAGAAGACAAAGAGAAUGAGGAUCCUGAAGACGCUGAAGCCCUCGCCUCUCGCCUCUGGGUGGACAGAUUUUCUCCUCGACACUACACAGAGCUUCUCAGUGAUGACUUUACCAACCGUUGUCUGCUGAAGUGGUUGAAACUUUGGGACACUGUUGUGUUUGGAAAAGAGAGGAAGUCCCGUCCUUUUCGUUCUGACAGACAAGCUUCCAACCAGAGCUCAUUCAAACCCAAUCAAGGCAACCAAAACCAGAAUCGCUUCAAGAGUAAGAUUGAAGUGACGGAGGAGCUUCUUGAAGCAGAACUGGACCAGUACAAGAGACCCAGAUUUAAGGUGGCUCUGUUGUCUGGUCCACCAGGUUUGGGGAAGACGACCCUGGCACAUGUUAUAGCUAAGCAUGCUGGGUACAAUGUGGUGGAAAUCAAUGCCAGUGAUGACCGCAGUGCAGAAGUGUUUCAGAAACGCAUUGACACAGCGACUCAGAUGAAAUCCGUGUUAGGCGCCAACGAGAGGCCAAACUGCCUCAUUAUUGAUGAGAUCGACGGAGCGCCUGCGGCUGCCAUCAACAUCCUGCUAGCAGUCCUGAACAGGAAGGACGGACAUGGAGCAGAGGCCGCUGCAGAGACUGCAAAGAAGAAGAAGAAGAAGGAGGCCAUCCUGCUUCGACCAAUCAUCUGCAUCUGCAACGACCUUUAUGCCCCAGCUCUCAGACCUCUCAGGCAGCAGGCCUUCCUCCUGACGUUCCCUCAGACUCAGACUUCCCGCCUCGCACAGAGACUGGCAGAGAUCUCACUGCGACAGGGGAUGAAGGCAGACACAGGCACUUUGACGUCUCUGUGUGAGAAGACUGACAACGACAUCAGAUCUUGUAUCAACACACUACAGUUCCUCUACAGUCGUGGCCACAAGCAGCUGGACACAAAGACCCUUCAGUCUGUCUCUGUGGGACAGAAGGACCAGAACAAAGGCUUGUUCCAUCUCUGGCAGGAGAUUUUCCAGCUGCCACGUACAAAACGGAAGCGUGUUGGUGAAGGGUUUGAGGAGGUGCCAGGUUCAGGAGGUGGAGCUCAGAGAUUUCAGCACAUUCUACACUUGGCUUCAUCUAGUGGAGAGUAUGAAAAGGUCUCUCAGGGUCUGUAUGAUAACUUCCUGUCCAUGCGCAUCAGGGACCCGAGCCUGAUGAGUGUCUGCGACGCUCUGGACUGGCUGUCGUUCUCAGACAGGCUCCAUCAAGUCAUUCUGCACGGCCAGAACUUCUCUCUCAUGAAGUACCUCCCCUUCCUGUCUGUCACAUUCCACUUCCUGUUUGCCCACACGCAUGUGCCCCGCAUCAGCUAUCCUCACAGCCAGCACGAGGCUGCCUCUCGGCUCCUCGGCAGCAAGAACGCCUUGGCCACCAUGUUGAGUGACAUCCCAGCAUGCAUCAGAACAAGGAUCAGCCAACACAUCCUAAGCCUUGACAUUCUGACACUGCUGCUGGACAUCAUCUGUCCCAAACUACGGCCUGUGAAUCCACAACUGUUCAGCAGCAAAGAGAAGGAGCAGAUGCGUGAGUUGAUCGACACCAUGCUGGCCUACAACCUCUCCUACAGGCAGGACCGCACACCUGAGGGACAGUACACAUACGUGCUGGAGCCGCGCGUUGAGGAGGUGGUGAGGUUCUCGGGCCUGCCUCCACGGCGCCAGCUGACGUAUCAGGCCAAACAGACCAUCAGCAGAGAGAUGGCGCAGGAGAGGAUGAGGAGGGCCGAGCAGCUGAUGCUGCAGCGAAACCCGGCGAAGCAGGAGGAGAAGAAGAGCAGUGGUCCUAAAGCACCUAUGAACCAUCAGCAGAGGCUGGAGAACAUUGUCAAGCAAACGAUAGUGGAGUCCAGGCCGGAGGUGGACUUCUUUGGCCGAGCCGUUGCCCCCAAACCUCAGAGAGCGCAGGCGUCCUCGGACACAGGUGAGAAGUGUGUGGUUCUGGCCAUGGGAACAGCAGUGGGAAACAGUGACGUGUGGUUCCGGUUCAACGAGGGCAUGUCCAACGCUGUCCGGCGAAGCGUCUACAUCAGAGAACUCCUGUAACACUCACUUUAUACGUCCUCGGCCCCGUUUGAUCAUUUAAUGGUCAUUUACUUCUACCAGAACAUAAACAGUUGCUGUUCUUCUGCAGACAAGUUCCUUCUCAGUCAUGGUUUUGUCCUUUAGCCAACAGGUUGUUUUCUAUUAAUGUUUUUUUGUCUGUUUUCAAGCUCUUUUCUGAUAAAGAUGUAAAUAUAUAUGGUCCUAACAACAAUCUAAUCGUGGCCUAAGACGACUUCACAGACUUCCGUCUCCACUGUAUAUCGUUUUCCUGUGUCAUAUGUUUGCAUUGGAAUCAAUCCAUCAUCCAGCUGUUAAAUUCAAAACAGUCUUUAUUUUGAUUGACAGUGUAAAGAGCCAAUAAAAACGCAGAGUUGUUGAACAUUC